UCGCCCACGAACGCCACUUACGAAAACGCACGACGCCCCACACAUGUACACAAACAACUAGAGAGAAUAGAGCCGGCCCUUAACAAGUUUAUGCAAUGUCCGGAAGGUUACAGUCUUUUACGGCUGUGAUAAGGAAUUUCACAAGGAAUGUUAGUACAUCAAAAGUCAGUGGAUCAGAAAUACGACCUGUUUCACAAACAUCUGUGCCACUUAUCUUGGAUGAGAAGUUUGACAAUGCCAGAAAUGUUGUUGCAGCCAGAGAGGCCUGGGUAGAGACAUUAGAUGCAAACACAUCUGAAGUUGGUAUGAUAGCCCUCCACCCAGAUGUUUUUGCUGUAUGUCCAAGGAUGGACAUAAUUCAUGAAAAUGUUGUAUGGCAGAGAAAAUACAAGAUGGUGAGUAAGGCACACACCAAGACAAAACCGGAAGUACGAGGAGGAGGUAGAAAGCCGUGGCCUCAGAAAGGUACAGGUAGAGCCAGACAUAGUUCUAUUCGAUCACCACUGUGGGUUGGUGGUGGUGUCACUCAUGGUCCAAGAGCAUUUACUACCCAGUUUUAUAUGUUGCCUAUAGUUACUAGAAUUCAUGGUCUUACAUCAACACUGUCAGCUAAGUUUGCACAGGAUGAUCUAAAGAUUGUGGAGAGCUUGCAGAUGGCAUCAGAUGAACCUGGGUACAUAGAAAAGCUGUGUGAAAAUCGCCAGUGGGGACCAUCUGUUCUCUUUGUAGAUGACACUGACCUGAUGCCCCGUAAUAUUACCAUUGCCACAGAUACAAUACAGCACAUGAACCUCAUGCCAGUUUAUGGGUUAAAUGUGUAUAGUAUGCUAAAACAUUCUACACUUGUUUUGACUGUGGAUGCAGUACGUCGCUUGGAGGAAAGGAUACUUUAUCACUUAAACAAGCCAGACUUGUAUAAGGAAAAUGCAACCCCUUUCAAUAAACAGAAAUAAUUUCAAGAUAAAUUUCAAGAUUUCAACCUUCAUAAACAAUUGGUGUAUAUAGAGAAAGAUGCACAGCAGUUCAUGUGCUACCAAAUUGUACAGGUAAAUUUUUAAAGAAAAAGGUAGUACAGAGUUUAAUAAAUGUUAAAACUUUA